GUAGGUGUUAAAGGAACAUUCGGAGAAGAGGAGGGGCACUAAACAAGAAAGGGCGAAGAGGAGGGUUUUGGUGGCUUGGACGAGAGGAUUUAGGGCACACUUCAAUCGAAUCCUAGCGGUUGGAACUUCUUCUGAUUCGGACCCUUGGAGAUUUGAAUCUUAGGACGUUGUUCAUCAACGGUUUGGAUUCUUGGGUAUUGCGGGGUGAGAGAGAGAGGAUUGCUCAGAUCUGGCCGUCUGAGCUUUGUCUGCUGGUUUGUCCGCCCAUUCAGAUGGCUUUUUCAAUGUAGUAAUAGAGCCACCUCCCUUUUUCUGUUCCUGUUAUUGUGCCGUGAUAUCUUCAGAGAGGUUUGGAUUCUACUUCAUUGAUUAAUGAUCGAUUGUGAGCUGUUCCUGUAUUUCACCCAAUUGCAAUCGGCUUCUGAGUUUGGCGUCCAUUUGAGAGUGAAGAAGAAGCUCUCUUUUGCCGCCAUCUCUGUUGCCGGUUGUGAACACCAUCAUCGUUCUUUCUCUUCCUUUCAUGUCUCCUAACUUGGAUAGCCCUGUUCAGACCCAGAUGGCUGUGGCAGUCUUUAAGAGCCCACUGGGCACGGAGUACCAUGGAAACAAUAGGAUGGAAGGGAAUCCUGCAGGGAGGAGACGGGUUUUUGUACAAACUGAGACCGGUUGCGUAUUGGGGAUGGAGUUAGAUCGGAGUGACAAUGCACAUACUGUGAAGAAGCGGUUGCAGCUUGCCCUCAAUGUUCCUACUGAGGAGAGUUCAUUGACGUUUGGUGAUAUGGAGUUGAAGAACGACCUCAGUGCUGUGCGAAAGGAUUACCCUCUUCUUCUAACACGGAAUGUAUUGCAUAGAAGUUCGUCAACUCCUUGUCUUUCGCCUACUGGAAGGGAUAUGCAACAGAGAGAUCAGAGUGGUCCAAUUGAGAUCUUGGGGCACUCACUUCGCUUUGUCAGUACAAAACAACUUGUCAAGGAAAUUGUCAAGGCGAUGAAGAUUGGGGUUGAUCCAAUCCCUGUUCAUGGUGGCCUUGGAGGUGCAUACUACUUCAGAAACAGCAGAGGUGAGAGUGUUGCCAUUGUGAAGCCAACGGAUGAAGAACCAUUUGCACCAAACAAUCCGAAAGGCUUUGUGGGUAAAGCUUUGGGGCAACCAGGCUUGAAACGUUCAGUGCGGGUUGGGGAAACAGGGUUCAGAGAAGUUGCUGCUUUUCUUCUUGACUAUGAUCACUUUGCUAGUGUACCUCCCACUGCACUGGUGAAAAUCACUCAUUCAAUCUUCAAUGUCAAUGAUGGGGUAAAUGGAAACAGGCCUCAAAACAAGAAGCUUGUUAGCAAGAUUGCCUCUUUUCAACAGUUCAUCCCACAUGAUUUUGAUGCCAGUGACCAUGGGACCUCAAGCUUCCCUGUUGCUGCAGUACAUCGAAUUGGGAUUUUAGACAUUAGGAUUUUCAACACAGAUAGGCAUGGGGGAAACCUUUUGGUGAGGAAGCUUGAUGGAGUUGGGAGGUUUGGUCUAGUGGAACUCAUACCUAUUGAUCACGGUCUCUGCUUGCCAGAAAGUUUGGAGGAUCCAUACUUCGAGUGGAUCCACUGGCCGCAAGCUUCAAUACCGUUUUCUGAGGAUGAGCUUGAGUACAUAGAGAAUCUUGAUCCUAAUAGGGAUUGUGAGAUGCUCCGAAGUGAGCUCCCCAUGAUUCGAGAGGCUUGCCUCCGAGUCUUGGUUCUCUGCACCGUUUUCCUCAAGGGAGCUGCUGCUUCUGGUCUGUGUCUUUCUGAGAUUGGUGAGAUGAUGAGCAGGGAGUUUCGUGGUGAUGAGGAGGAACCGAGCGAGCUCGAAGUUGUAUGUAUGGAGGCAAGGAUGCUGAUAGCUGAGAGGGAGGUGUUAUCCACCAAGGCUGAAGAAGAAGAUGAGGAGUUUCUAUUUGAUAUAGACUGUGAAGAAGCCGGAUUUGACUUUGCCCGGAAGAUGGCAUCGGAGGGCUACAUGACUGGGAUGCCAUUCCAUUUUGGAUUCGGAGGUGGUAAUGUCCGUUGCCCAUUUUCAAGAAUAGAGGAAAGCAUCGAGGAGGAGAGUGAUGACGAAGAAGAUGAAAAGAAAUUUGUAGGCCUUCCAUCCCCGGGAAAGAUCCCAACUAUUUCUAAGCUACCAAUGUCCCUCAAGAAUAUCAGUUUUGGUGAGAAGAACCAGAAAUUAUCAGGAGCAAAACGAGAAAAUGGCUAUCUGGCUAAUUCAUCAUCUGGCCAUAGGAGUGCAAAUGAGCAGCUUCCUGCGAGUGUGAGCUUUGUGAAGCUAGCAGACAUGAGCGAGGAGGAGUGGGCACUGUUUUUAGAGAGGGUCCAACAGCUGCUGUACCCAGCAUUUGCCAAGCGGAAGUCCAUGACACUUGGACAGAAGCAGAGACAGAGGCUUGGGACCUCGUGUCAGUUUUGAGAGGGGUAUAACUACAUGUUGUUGUAGAAGCAUGACUAGAGACAAAUAUGGGCUUGUCGGAGUGAACGACUCUUAGGGUAGGCUUGGUUUAUGGAUACUCUACCGGAAGUAGUUGUAGUAGGGACCUGACAUAGGAGGAAAUGCUGUAAAUAUUCACCGAGGCAGCCCAGUGGAAGGGCUGAGUAGAUUCGGUUGUUUUUUUUUUUUUUUCUCUCUUUUUC